CCGCCGUUGCCGCAUCGGCACCGCCUUGGGGCAUGGCCGUCAAUGUGUAUUCCACAUCUGUGACGAGCGAGAACCUGAGUCGCCAUGACAUGCUAUCCUGGGUCAACGACUCCCUGCAGCUCAACUACACGAAGAUCGAGCAGCUCUGUUCAGGUGCUGCCUAUUGCCAGUUCAUGGACAUGCUGUUCCCGGGCUGCAUCCACUUGAGGAAGGUGAAGUUCCAGGCCAAGCUGGAGCAUGAGUACAUCCACAACUUCAAGGUGCUGCAGGCGGCCUUCAAGAAGAUGGGCGUGGACAAGAUCAUCCCCGUGGAAAGGCUGGUCAAGGGGAAGUUCCAGGACAACUUUGAGUUCAUUCAGUGGUUUAAGAAGUUCUUUGACGCCAACUACGACGGGAAGGAAUACAACCCGCUGCUGGCGAGGCAAGGCCAGGAGGUGGCGCCCUCCCCAAACCCAGGUGAUCAGACCUUCAACAAACUCAAGAAACCCAUUGGCACCGCAGUUCCACAGAGAACCUCCCCAACAGGCCCCAAGAACUUGCAGAACCCAGUCCGAAUGAACGUCGCUCCCAGCAAUAUUGUACGGAAAAAUCCUCCUUUAGCCCGGAAUGGGGGCAGUGAAGCUGAUGCCCAGAUCGUGGAGCUCAACCAACAGCUGAUGGACCUGAAGCUGACGGUGGACGGGCUGGAGAAGGAGCGCGACUUCUACUUCAGCAAACUACGGGACAUCGAGCUGAUCUGCCAGGAGCACGAGAGCGAGAGCAGCCCCAUCGUCUCGGGCAUCAUUGGCAUCCUGUAUGCCACAGAGGAAGGCUUCGCCCCGCCAGAGGACGACGAGCUGGGAGAGCAGCAUCCGGAGGACCAGGACGAAUACUAGCUGUGCGCUCGCCCGCCUGCUCGCCCGCUCGCUGUCCCGCCAUUACAGACCGCCCCACGCUCCUCCUCCUCCUCCUCCUCCUCCUCCUCACUGACCAUGGACAUUUAAGGUUUUGCAUUGUACAGCCUCGUCCUGCACAGUCACACAUUAUAACAGGUUUCUACCGACACGAGAGGCCCACGGUGGUUUCUGGGGGUUUUGCAGAUGCCGCGGGAGGCCCACAGCGACCUGGUAGCUAGGCGUCCGUGGAGAGAGGGGGUCAGCGCCAUCAGUGGGCCUGCGGUGGGGCAGGCGGGGCCCCCGGCUGGCUGCCCUGGGCUCCUCCUCACCCCUCCCCCUCCUUCCCGGUCCCCAACUCAUCUUCCUUAUUUAUUGAUUUUAGUUGUCUUGGGUGUGAGCGCUCCCAAUUCCUUGUAUUAUAUUGAGAGACAAAUUCCUUGUAUAUUUUUCCGUACUGGAUUUCACUAGCACUUUGCCUGUCGUGUUCAUGCCCAGCCAAGCUCUGCUUCCCCCUCCUGGCUUCAAAGAAUUUGGGAGCGUUUGAGCCUGGAGGCCAGGCUCAGCACUGGAAGCGCGCCCAAUGGGUGGGUGCAGGGGGAGGGCUUGGGCUCGGAAUAUUUAUUUAUUGGGGGGGUAUUUUAAUGAUGCUGCUGAGCUGGGGGCAGAUGGAGAAGCCGCCAUCAGACAUAUCAAGUGGGCUUGCGGGGAGGAGAGCCAAGCAGAUGGUGGCUGGUUCUGGUUGGGGCUUCGUUGUGGAGGUGGGGGGGGGGCAGCCCCGGCGGCAGGGCAGCCUUGGCGUUUGGGAGGGAAGGGGAGCCCCCCCAAAUGUUUUGUUCCCCAGAAGCACCUCUGCGUUUGGCCUGUUGCACUUGGGGCCCACCGUUGGGGGCGGGGGGCACCGGCCUCUGCCCCUCCUCCUGCUUCUGGCCCCACCCAGGCUUGGCUCAUGCUGUUUUGACCAGAUUGCCACACAGACCCUGCCUUGAUCUGUUCCCCGUUUGCAUUGCCUGUUCGGUCACAGACACUGGUGUGCAAAGCCCUGCAUCUGUGUUGCAUUUUAUUUGAAAUAAACUUGUGUGGUUAACAA